CCCCUCCGCCCCUGCAGCCUGCGGGCCGGGCAGCGCCCCCUUUAAGCGCCGGGAGGGAGCCGCCCUGCCUGUGGCUGCGCUGGGCGCUCCCCUCCCCUUGGCCCCGCCGGUCCCCGGGGUUGGAGCCAGCAGCAGCAGUCGCCGCGGAGGCGCAGGCCGGGUUCGAGGAGCGGCGCCGAGCGCACGGCAGCCUGGGACUCCAGCUGCGUCCUGCCGGCUCCUUCCAGCGCCCCGAGCCCGCCCCUGCUGCCCUGAGUUCGGGGGCCCGCGGCGAGUCAGCUGUCUGAGGCUCAGAGUCCAGCCUGCGGAGGAGCUGGAAAAGUGACCAUGAUCCCCGCGCUGCUGCUGCUGUUGCUCCGGAUCCUGGGCGGAUGGGGCAGGAUGGCUGGCCCCCACCCCAGGCUCAGACUGUCCUUCCAAGAGUUAAAAGCGCGCCAUGGGCUGCGCACCUAUGGGCUGGAGCGCUCCUGCUGCUACGAGGCGCUGCUCCUGGACGAGGAGCGGGGCCGGCUCUUCGUGGGCGGCAAGAACCACCUGGCCUCCCUGAGCCUGGACAACAUCAGCAAGCAGGACAAGAAGAUCCACUGGCCGGCGCCUGUGGAGUGGAGGGAGGAAUGCAACUGGGCCGGCAAAGACAUCAACGCCGAGUGUAUGAACUUCAUCAAGAUCCUGCACCUGUACAACCGCACCCACCUAUACGCCUGCGGCACGGGCGCCUUCCACCCCACCUGCGCCUUCGUGGAGGUCGGCCAGCGCAUGGAGGAACCCGUCUUUAAGCUGGAUCCUGCAGCCAUGGAGGACGGCAAAGGGAAGAGCCCGUACGACCCGCGGCACGUGGCUGCCUCGGUGCUCGUGGGGGAGGAGCUGUAUUCCGGGGUGGCCACCGACCUGAUGGGCCGCGACUUCACCAUCUUCCGCAGCCUGGGGCUGCGCCCGUCCAUCCGUACCGAGCAGCACGACUCCCGCUGGCUCAACGAGCCCAAGUUUGUGGACGUGUUCUGGAUCCCGGAGAGCGAGAACCCGGACGACGACAAGAUCUACUUCUUCUUCCGCGAGACGGCGGUGGAGGGGCAGCAGGGGCUGGGCAAGGCCAGCUUCGCCCGCAUCGGCCAGAUCUGCAGGAACGACCUGGGUGGGCAGCGGAGCCUGGUGAACAAGUGGACAACGUUCCUGAAGGCCAGGCUAGUGUGUUCAGUGCCAGGCAGCGACGGGGGCAGCACCUUCUUCGACGAGCUCCGUGACGUCUUCCUGCUGAGGACGAGGGACACACGGAACCCCCUACUCUAUGCCGUCUUCUCCACCUCCAGCUCGGUGUUUAGGGGCUCCGCCGUCUGCCUGUACAACAUGCACGACAUCCGCCGAGCCUUCCUGGGGCCCUUCGCUCACAAGGAGGGGCCCAACUACCAGUGGGUAUCGUACCAGGGCCGUGUGCCCUACCCUCGCCCGGGCAUGUGCCCCAGCAAAACCUUUGGCACCUUCAGCUCCACCAAGGAUUUCCCCGACGAUGUGAUCCAGUUCGCCCGCAACCACCCACUCAUGGCCAGCCCCGUGUUGCCACACAACCAGCGGCCCAUUUUCCUGCAGACCAGCGGGGACUACACCUUCACCCACAUCGCCGUGGACCGGGUGACGGCCGCCGACGGGCACUACGACGUCCUCUUCAUUGGCACAGACGUUGGCACGGUGCUGAAGGUGGUCUCGGUGCCCAAGGAGAGCUGGCAGAACAUGGAGGAGCUGCUGCUGGAGGAGCUGCAGGUGUUUAAGGAUUCGUCCCCCAUCACCAGCAUGCAGAUCUCGUCCAAGCGGCAACAACUCUACGUGGGCUCCCCGACGUCCCUCUCCCAGCUGCCCCUGCACCGCUGCGGGAUCUACGGCAAGGGGUGUGCCGAGUGCUGCCUGGCCAGAGACCCCUACUGUGCCUGGAACGGCACCAGCUGCACCCGCUACAUGCCCAACACCAAGAGGCGUUUUCGGCGACAGGACGUCCGGAACGGCGACCCCAACACGCUGUGUUCUGGAGAUCCCCACCAGAGCAGCGUGCCGGAGAAGAAGCUGUAUGGGGUAGAGGGCAGCAGUGCCUUCCUGGAGUGCGUGCCCAAGUCCCUGCAGGCCCGGGUGCUGUGGACCUACCAGAAAGCCAGCGACACCCCGAGGAAGGAGGUGCAGCUGGAUGAGCGGGUGCUGCUGACGGAGCGGGGCAUCCUCCUCCGCAGCGUGGCGCGCAAGGAUGCCGGGCUUUACCACUGCCAGGCCACGGAGCAUGGCUUCACCCAGACCCUCCUGCGCCUCUCGCUGGAGGUGAUCGGCGCCCAAGAGGAGGCACCCGCUGAGCCAGCCAGCAGCAAGCUGUGGUACCAGGACUUCCUGCAGCUGGUGGACCACCCCAACCUCAGCGCCAUGGAUCAGGUCUGCCAGCAGUUGUGGGGCCGCACAAGCCACCAGCCCAAGAAGAAGCCACCCCGGCCUCCCCCACUGAGCAUCCAGGCCAAACCCCACAAGUGGAAGUAUGUGGAGGAGACACGGAAAGCCCGCAAACGGCGCACACACGAGCUGCCCCGCGCUGAGAGAGGACCCCGCAGCGCUGCCGCCUGGUGACCUGCCGGACUCCUGCUAGGAGGCGGAGGGAGGGGAGGGUGGGGAGAGGGGAGACCGGCGAGCCAAGCUGGCAGUGGGUUCCCUCUGUGCGUAGCUAGGUGGGGGUGGCCGCGCCCUUGAGACACUCUUCUCCCCAGCCAAGUGCGGGGGGAGCCCCCGGGGCCUGCCCCACAAUCAGAGAUGGGGGCCCAGGCCUCAGACCAAAGGCUUUGGGAGGCCAGUGGGAGAGGAGCAGGGGCCUUGCGCCAUCCAGACACCGAAGAGGCCUCCUGGAUCUGACCGUGCCCCAGCCUGGAUCGUCCCCCGUGGGGCAGAUCAAUCCAGCAGGGACUGUUUUUGUUCGAUUGGCCCUCGGCCCCUGCGCAACAUCCUUUAACCCAGCCCUCUCCAGAGUCAGGAACCUCCCGCAGACAGUUCCUGGCAAAUCCCUGUUUGGCAUGCGCUAGGGGGCAGGGAAGCUGGUACCUGGGUUCCCCCUGCUCCCCUGGGGACACGACCACUGAUGUAUUUAUUAAUGGACUGUUACUGAUGAAUGUAAACCCGCCUCAGGCUGCACCCGUACUGGGGGGUGCUGGUCUGGUCCUAGGUACGUGGGCACAUUCCUGGCUGGUGGCUUCUGGGAUGGGUGUGUGUGGUCCCAUGGUGCAAUGGGGGUGGGGGGGCGCAGCAGGCAGGAGAUCAGAGCCCAAGCGUCUCUCCUCACUUGGGCCGCUCCCUGAUUGGAAUUAGGGGCAGGGUUCCCGCCUAAUGAGGCAGCACAGGAGAGAGCACUGUGUGGCUGGGAAGGUUCCAGCUUCCUGCAGGGUGUGGGGAAGGAGGAGCAAGUGACCCCAAUGCCCCGAGUCUUCGGCCCGAUCCCAAACCCAGGGCAAACUGAUCUGUGGCCCCUGGGGAAGCAUGGGGCGUGCUGGGCAUUCGAGGCCAGGAGCCAGCUGGCCUUGAGGCCUGAGCCACAGAGUGGUUCCCCACGACCACCUCCCAAACCUGGCUCUGUGGAAGUGGAAUAACCGCAGGCCUUGUGGAAGUGGGAUCUGGGUCCAGACCAGGCACUUUCAGCCCGGCUCUGGCAGUGCCUGGCGGCCAUUCUGGCUGCUGGCCAUUUGUGACUGGCGCUGAACAGGUGAGCCCAUCGCAACUGGCCUCCCUUGUUGGGUGUCACCACCGGAAGCCUGAGGCCUGUCUGGGGAUGGAGAGCGGCUGUCACCCAUAGGGGGGUCAGGGGAGGGGGCUGCCCUGGGGUGGAGGCAGCUUUCCCAGUUGCUCCUGGCCAGGGACAAGGCAUUUCAGUCCCAGGCUGCGUCCGUGCAGCGCCUUUCACCAGCUGGGUAGCGCAGCGGGCUUCAGGUGACCAAGUCCCUUCACCUCUGUGGCCCCUCCUUCCCCUGGCCACGAGGCCCGGGGAACAGCCAGCGCAUGGAGAGCAGUCACAGAAAUGCUCCAGGUACGAGCUGCGUGUUAUAACGUUAAGUCUGAGCCCUGGCUGGCCGUGCCCACACAGAAUGGAGUGCAUAGCUCAGCAGGCACAGCGGCAGGUCAUCAAAAUGGGACCUCUCCCCCGAGGAUGAGAUUUCAGCCCAGAUCUACAGUGGUAUUUAGGCUCCUAACUCCUGUUGUAGUCAAUGAAAGUUAGGCUCCUAAAGACCUUGGAGGAUCUGGCCUUUGGGUGGGUAUAUCGGUCGCGUAGCCCCUUCAAAACCUACCAGCCUGGGUCUCCUGUCUUUCCUCUCCCCUUUGGGUGUGAUGCCACUGACCCUGCUGUGGAGACGCGGGUGAGCGAAGAGGAAAGCACCACUUAGGUUUUCAGGAGCCAGCCCGCAUGGAUGCGAUCACCGCUGCGCUGACAGUGAGGCAGGAAAAUAGGGGGUGGAAAGAGAAGGAAGGCGGCGGUCGCAGGCCGGGCGGGCCAGUGGAGCCCUGGUGUGGGAGAAGGGAGCAUGGCACAGAACUGGACCCAGCCCGGCGGGACUGUAUUAUAUUAACACAAUAAAAGCAGUUGAUGAA